CAUUUCUCUACACCCCUCCAGAGUCCAACACGCACAUCUUUUACUUUUCCCCUUCCCAAUAUAAACAGCGUAGCACCCCCUCGCUCUUCAGAAGUUAGAAUCACAGAGAGCACGCUACAACGCUCGUAAUCCAGCAAUAUCAGCGUUCUUCCACUUACCAAAACCUCUGAAGUUAACGGAAAAAAAAGAGAGAAAUGAGAGCACAAGCACAAGCACAACAAGUUGUCCUCGCUUUGUUUCUCCUACUCUUUCUUAAUGUUCAGUUCUCCAAUGGGUCUUUUCUGCCACUCGUAGAUCGUCCGGGGGGUAUGUUGGCUGAUUUCUGGGCAGACCCGUUCCGAGUGUUGGAACAUAUCCCAUUUGGGCUCGACAGGGACGACAACGCCGUGGCACUCUCUCCUGCCAGGGUCGACUGGAAGGAGACGCCAGAAGGCCACGUUAUCAUGCUGGACGUGCCCGGGCUGAGGAAGGAGGAGCUAAAGAUCGAAGUGGAGAACCGGGUGCUGAGAGUAAGCGGAGAGAGGAAGAGGGAAGAGGAGAAGAAAGGGGAUCAUUGGCACCGGGUGGAGAGAUCGUAUGGCAAGUUUUGGAGGCAGUUCCGGUUGCCGGAGAACGUGGACUUGGAUUCUGUGAAGCCCAAGUUGGAGAACGGGGUGCUCACUAUGUCAUUGGCCAAGUUGUCCCCCGACAAGAUCAAGGGUCCCAAGGUAGUUAGCAUUGCUGGAGAAGAGGACCAUGAACCUGCUAAGCUCAGGAGCGGUGAGGCUGAGGCCAAGCAGGAGCUCUAAACUUUUUAACAUCUUUUGAGUUACCGCACUAUGUUUGUGGCUUGUGAGUGAAUAAAGGGUUUCACUUGAUCUUGAUCUUUCUUCUUUCUUUCUUUUUUUGUUGUGUUGUUACAGCGUCUGAUGAUCGAUGAAAUCUAUCUCUUCUACUUUCUACUAAAAUUUCCUUAUAUAUCUUUUGAGUUACCGCACUAUGUUUGUGGCUUGUGAGUGAAUAAAGGGUUUCACUUGAUCUUGAUCUUUCUUCUUUCUUUUUUUUUUUGUUGUGUUGUUACAGCGUCUGAUGAUCGAUGAAAUCUAUCUCUUCUACUUUCUACUAAAAUUUCCUUAUAUAUAUAUAUAUAUAUGUGGUUAAUUAGCA